AUGGCAUUGUAUUCGAAGGUGCGCUGGGUCUCGACUGGAGUGCUCGGAUACGGUAGUUCACCAGUGACGUCACAUCCGGCGUACGUCAUUUCUGGCGUGUUCGCGUGUACGGGUGUGGCCGGCCUGUUUGCUCGCGCCCGCAUAAAUGUGUCGCUGCGCCGCAUGGUUUAUAUGGUUUACGUCACUUUGACACAUGGUUAUGUCACCUUGACGUUUGUGGCCGGCCUGAUUGAUUGCGCCCGCAUAAAUGUGUUGCUGCACCGCAUGGUUUAUAUGGUUUACGUCACUUUGACACAUGGUUUAUGUCACCUUGACGUUUGGUCUCUAGCGCUCAUGGCUCUGUGCGGGAAGCCGUGGUGCACCACUUUUUUCGUAGCAGCUGGUUCAGAAAAAGUGGUGAAUAUGUCGGUGGAGGAGAUGAGUCACAUCAACCCGGGCCCGGCGAACACCUUGGACGACAUCCCAAUUCCGUUCAAACCGUUGGAGGAGGCCAAGAAAGAUUUCAUGCCAACUUUCAAUGCAUAUUUCUAUGGCUCACUAAUCGUAUUCGUCAUAACCUUCUACUGGGCAUUUGUGGUUGAGGACCUUUGGAUGUACGAUGCCCGAAUGCCUGUCAAAUCAUACAGAGAUCGACAUAAGGGUAAAAAGCCGUCAGGGGAUGGUGGCAACAAAGCAGGGGCUGCAGCGGCAGCAGCAGCAGCAGCAGGGACCACCCUGGCUAUUGAGGAGAACAAAAAGGAGUCACCGGAAAGCAGUGAGGGAGAUGGGGCAUUUACUGAGGUUGAACACUCGGCUGUGAACAGAAAAGAGCGUGCGGUUGCAAGAGAUCCUGCAGCUCAGCCAGAAGAAGCGACGGGGAAACGGUCCACCGCGCAGGAUCCGAACAAGCUGCCCGAACAGAUACCUUAUCUUCUGGUCGGCUCUGGUACAGCCUCCUAUUAUGCUGCGCUUGCAAUUCGGGCACGUGAUGCGGAUGCCAAAGUGCUAAUUGUGGGUGAGGAAGAGCAUCUGCCGUACACUCGCACCCCGCUAUCCAAGGAGCUCUGGUGGUACGGCGAUGAAGAUGUGUCAGAAACACUCGAAUACAAAGGAUACAGUGGGAGGAGGCGGGAUGUGUACUUCGAGGCCCCGGGAUUUUUCCUGGCGCCUGGCGAGAUUGAUAGCGCGGAGCACGGCGGCGUUGCUUUGGUGAGUGGACAUCGUGUCGUUAAACUGGACGUCCCGUCACAUACGGCAUACCUCGAUGAUGGGCGAACUCUGAAAUACGGAAAAUGCCUAAUUGCGACAGGUGAUCACUUGUAA